AUGUUUUGGUAUUAUUCCGCAGUCUUCAUAGCACUAUUUUUGAUAUUUUUGGCCCUUGACUGCUGUAAACCAAAAAAUUUCCCGCCCGGUCCGAAAUGGUAUCCAAUCAUUGGUUGUGCAUUAGAAAUAAUGAAUGGCCGCCAUAAAACUGGCAUGUUAUGCAGAGCAAUCAAUGUGAUAGCCUCAAGGUAUAAAAACAAUGGAGCAAUCGGCUUCAAAGUUGGUAAAGAUAAGAUUGUUAUGGCCAUUUCUGGAGAGUCAUUGCGCGAGAUGAUGAAUAACGAGGAUUUAGACGGACGACCAACAGGGCUUUUCUAUGAAACCCGAACAUGGGGUUUGCGGCGGGGUGUUCUGUUAACUGAUGAAGAUUUUUGGCAAGAGCAACGUCGUUUCAUCGUAAGGCAUUUGAAAGAGUUUGGCUUUGCCCGGAAAGGAAUGGCAGAAAUAAUUGGCAAUGAAGCAGCAAACAUGUGUCAGGACUUGCGUACCAUAAUAAAUGCCGGAAAUGGCAGUGCCAUGGUAGCAAUGCAAAGUGUUUUCUCAGUGUAUAUUUUGAAUACGCUUUGGUUAAUGAUGGCUGGAAUUAGAUAUUCAAAAGAUAACAAAGAUCUCAAAUAUUUGCAAUCUCUCUUACACGAUUUAUUUGCUAAUAUUGACAUGAUGGGAGCGCUUUUCAGCCAUUUUCCUUUUAUGAGGUUUUUGGCUCCUAGAUUAUCUGGGUAUAAUCAGUUUGUUGAUAUUCAUAAUCAAAUGCACAAGUUUAUCGGUAAAGAAGUGGAAAACCACAAAAAGACUUUUAACAUCAAUGAUGAGCCGAGAGAUUUGAUGGAUGUGUAUUUGAAAAUUCUCCAAUCAAACUCAAGAAUACCGGAGAGCUUUUCACAAGAACAACUCUUGGCUGUUUGUCUGGAUAUGUUCAUCGCAGGCUCUGAAACUACUACAAAGACUCUCGGAUUCGCGUUUCUUUAUCUCAUCAGACAGCCUGAAACUCAAAAAAAAGUACAAGCUGAAAUAGACGAAAUAGUAGGUCGAGAUCGCCUACCUACGCUGGAGGACAGAGCCAAUAUGCCGUAUAGUGAAGCGGUUGUCCUAGAAUCUCUGCGUAUGUUCAUGUCCAAUACUUUUGGUAUUCCUCAUCGAGCACUGCGAGACACACAAUUAUGUGGUUACGACAUUCCAAAAGAUACCAUGUUAGUUGGAAUGUUCCGUGGUAUGAUGCUAAGUGACGAAUGGAAAACUCCACAUUCCUUCAUUCCGGAAAGAUUUCUUUGCGAUGGCAAAAUAGUUAUACCACCACAAUUUCAUCCAUUUGGAGUUGGCCGUCAUCGAUGCAUGGGUGAAAUGAUGGGCAAAGCUAACCUUUUCCUUUUUAUUACCACGCUCUUCCAAUCAUUCGAUUUCAUUGUACCCGAAGGGCAACCCAUUCCUACAGAUGAUCCACUUGAUGGAGCAACACCAAGCGUGCGGCAAUAUACAGCCUUGGUUGUUCCUAGAUAA